GGGAAUGUAUAAGAACUAAAAAAAAUUGCUCAGUUUGGAUUACCAGACUAAUAGCAUCAUGCUUCCGCUUUCCUUUUACUCUUUGGAGUAGAGUUGAAAAUGUUGUGGACUUCAAAGAACAAAUUUUGCACUCAUGAACUAAUUCAAGUAGAUAGAAGUUCGCAGUGGAGAUUGUCAAAAGUGCUGAUGUGUUUCCGUAAAAAGCAAUAUAAAAUAAGGUUUGUCGCGUUGUUGCAUUUUGGACCAUAAGCAUUUGCUUAAGACAACCAAAUGUUACCAUAAAGGCAUGGAGUUAAAACGAAGUCUUCCAAACCACCUCUACCAACCUAUGCACCAAAAGUUGGGGGAUAGUUGAGACUACUUGAACAAGUAGAUAUGUGCUUCACACUAUUAGACUCAACAACUGAUGACUUCUUUUGAUCCAUUUCCCUCCCUUCCUCUAAGAGUCUACGUUACUAUAUAUGCCCCUCUACCUCUAAAACAAAGCAUUCACUUCCAUCUGAUCUCAUUCUAUUCUAUCAAUGGCGCUAGAAAAUGGAGAGAAACCAGGGUCUAGUUUCGUGGCGGUGAGAAAACCAAAUGAUUGUACCAUUCUCUUGCUGAGACUGGUUGCAUUCUUAGCCACACUUGCUGCAACUCUUGUGAUGGCACUUAAUAAAGAAACCAAAACCUUGGUUGUUGCCACUAUUGGGACUACUCCAAUUAAAGCCACUCUCACAGCCAAGUUUCAACACACCCCAGCAAAUGUGUUCUUUGUUGUAGCUAAUGCAAUGGCCAGCCUUCACAACUUGUUGAUGAUAAUAGUGCAACUUUGCGGAGGCAAGUUCAAAGACAAGGGUCUUCGCCUUGUGAUGAUGGCCAUUUUAGACAUGAUGACUGUGGCCCUCCUAUCUUCUGGCGAUGGUGCAGCUACCUUCAUGGCACAUCUAGCGAAGAAAGGUAAUUCGCAUGCAAGGUGGAACAAAAUCUGUGACAAGUUUGACAAGUUCUGCGACCAUGGUGGUGGCGCUCUAAUUGCUUCUUAUAUUGGGCUCCUUCUCUUGGUGGUUAUCACAGUGUUGUCCAUCAUCAAGCUACUCAAGGCGAAAUAGAGCACUCAUAUGCAAUAGUCCCUUUUCAUGUAUACUUUGUUUGAUUUGUGUGUUAAUGCUUCAUUUGUGUGGUUACUGUUUCUGGAGUGCUGUCCAGAGACCCACAAUCACAUAAGAUGCUUUAUUACAUGUUGCGGUCAAGGCAUGACAUGAACUUGUGUAACUGGUGAAAAAUUUACAUGCAAUCGCUUAUCUA